CCCGCCCGCACGACAACCGCGCACAUCCACGCGCGACGAGCGCACACCCUCGCCGACAAUCCUCCACCCCCCCCCGCCGGCAGAUCGCCCUCGCGCCUCCCUCAAUCCCCGGCCCCGCGCGAUGUCCGAUCUCUCGUUCAAGCAGGCCAAUGCCUCGCGCUACCGGUCAAGCCUCCACGGGCGUCGGCGCCAUGACAAGAAGCCCUCGAGUGGUGGCAAGCCCUCGGCGGCGAAGGGCGCGGCUGCCAGCCCAACUGCCUCUGGCCCCGACAACCGCACUGCCUCCUUGCAGGAGGUCUUCACCGCCCUCGCGGAGCCUGACCAGCCCGGCCUCGCCGCAUACGAUGGCGUGCCCAACACCUACCCCCAAGUGCUGGAUAGGCUGAAGGCCGACACUCUCCUGCUGGAGGCCCUCCGGCCAGGUCUUGUCCUUCGGCCAGACUCCUCGGUGGACGCCUGCCUGGGGCUGCUGGACGACAUCUCGCAGCGAGUCCACGCCGAGCAGGCAGCCCCUGCGCCGGCCCCGGCGAAGGAUUCCUUCACGCGCGUGCCGCCCAAGCUCCCGCCCGCCCUGCUGACUGCCAUGGGCUCGCUCGCCCUGCACCCGGCCCUCCCGCCGAUUGAGGCUCCUGCACUGGCGCCACAGGAGGCUGCCUCGAGCUCGGCCCAGGAUCCCUCCACCUUGGCCGUGGAUUCUCUUUGCCCCUCCCACAUCCCGGACGCUCUGCCGGUGUGUCUCCUGACGCCGGGCUGCUUGACAUCGGCCGACACGCCGGCCGCCACGGGCCCGGCGCCCUCCCCCGCGGCGGAGCCCGUCAACCCGACGCAAGUUCCGGCGACCGUGUCCCCGGCAUCACCGGCCGCCUCCAGCAGCCAGGCCAGCCCCGAGGAGGCCCUUGCUCUGGGCCGGUCGAUCGGUGCCCCGGUGAAGCCCCAGGAUCUCGACGACCUGGAGAGCAUGCUGGACUCGAUGAUUUGAUCGCCGCAUGUGCAGGGGGCGGUGGCUCAUCUUGAUGUCUUCCUUUCAUGUCCUGACGGGGAUGAGAAGGGCUGCGAGAAGGAAAUACACCCCAUCUCACCGGCCGGCCA